CUUACCGUAGCCCAGGAGGCUACACACACUCCCGUCUCUCAGUUCCAGGCCGUUUGCAAGGCAAUGGCGCGUGGACGACGCACGACCACGGGCCGCCAGAAGAUCGAGAUCUGGCCGAUCGAGAGCGAGGACGCGCGCCAGGUAUGUUUCUCCAAGCGCCGCGUCGGGCUGUUCAAGAAGGCUAGCGAGCUGACAAUCCUCUGCGGCGCGGAGGCGGCCGCCGUCGUCUUCUCCCCCGCCGGUAAGGCCUUCUCCUUCGGCAACCCGUCCGUCGAGGCCAUCUUCGAGCGCUUCGAUCCGAUCGGGAUGGUGGCCGGGGGAGGAGGUGCCGGUGCCGGCGGCGGCGCCGGAGAGGACAUCAACCAGCUGGUGGCGGACCUGAACCGCCAGCACGAUGAGCUGACUGCGCGGCUGGACGCGGAGAAGGCAAACAAAGAUCAGGCCGACGCGGCCAUGGCGAUGGCGAAGGAGCGCUCUGCACCGAGCCCUGUUGCGGCGUGGCUGGAGGGCUACGUCCGCGACAAGGAGGAGGAGGAGCUGAUGGAGUUCGAGGCGGCGCUGGAGGUGAUGCAGGCGCGCGCAAACCAGGAGCUCCAGGACGCCCUCAACCACAGCCGCGACAUGGCGGCCAAGGCCCGCUCCAACAUGGUUCCUGUGACGGCACCGCAGCAGCAGCCCCUCGGCAUGGGCGCCGCCGGCAAUGGUGGGUUUGAUUUCGAUGCAGGCAGCAGCAGCAGCAGCGCCAACAACGGCGCAGAGAUGGAUAUGCAGAUGCAGCUGAUGAUGACCAUGACGCCCCCACCGCCGAUGUUAGAAUUGGACGACAUGGAGAUCGAGAUGCUUCUGCAGGGGUUCGACUUCACCCCCUAGUGAGAAGUUUCAUUCUUCGCAUGCAAGCAUGGAUGUGCAUGAACUCACAAGGAGAUUGGACUCUAGCAAUUGCUACCCAUGGUCAAUAAUAAUGCGUCGUCGGUUUAGUUUGUUUCUCUCGAUUGCUACCCAUAGUCGUCAUAUGCAUCUAGGUGAUGGUUAUCCAUAUAUGGAUGAUCAAUGCAUAUGUAAUCGUGAUGAUGUUGUCUUCAGUCUUCACCUAUCGCGGUGCAUCUGCUUCGGCUCAUGCAACACAACAGUUUGGGUCGUUCGAUUAUCGGUGUAAUGGCUUGCAAUGUGGUGCUUCAAAUCAAUAAAAAUACAAGCCUUUUUUUA